AUGUCCACAAACACCAACUCGGACGGAAUGCCCGUGGAGCAGGGCGUGCAACCCCACGCGGAUGCUGCUUUCGCUGCUGCGGAAACAAAUAACCUCGAGAAAAAUGCUCCCGUCGAAAAUCCCGAAAAAACACAUUUGGAUGGCCACGAGGUGGAGGCCCAACUAAUAAACGCGCACGCGGCCGGCGUAUUGACCAGUCCUUCCGCAGGAAGCGCGCAAGCCGGUUUGGCGUUUGUUGAUGAACCACUCAAGGAUGAAUUCAAAACAGAGCUCGAAGCACACGCGGCUGCCGUGCCAGCUCAGGAGAAUUUUGGCCUUGAGGGUGUCGAUGUGAAGGCGGAGGUUGCAGAACAUGCUCCGGAACAUGCUGCAGAAGAUGAUGAAACCAGAGCCAUUGGCGGUAGUGACAGUGGCAGUGGAGCUUCCACAGGUGCUGUGCCCAGCAGAAGAGCCACGAAGACCAGAGCAAGAAAACCCGUGGACUUCUCCUCGGGAGGCUACUUCUCCGACGAACUGAGCUCCGAGGACAUGGAGUUCAAGGAGGAGAGAGGUGACGACGAGUACGAUCCAGAUGCCGACGACGAGCCACAGAAGAAACGCGGCCGCCCCAGAUUGGUGGACAUUGCCGCAGCUGGGUCUGAACCCAAACGGAAGCGUGGUAGACCCAGAAAGAUCGUGGUGGAGGGCGCUGAAGGUUCCAAUCCUUCCACGGCCAAGGCCGCUGCCGCUGGCGGUUUGGGCGACGAUGGCGAGCCAAAGGUGAAACGUAAGAGAGGACGUCCUAGAAAGAUUCGUCCUGAGGACGAACAGGAUGCUGCCAACGCGUCUGGCCUUGCCUCCACCAUUGCCACCAACACCACCGAUGGUUCCUCGGGGGUGCCUUCCUCGUCUCAGAACAAGCCUGUGGGUACUGAGGGUGGCGCCGACGAGGUUGACCUUGGACCCAUCAUUAUGUCGAAUCUUACCGAGGCCAACAUCGAUCCCAACCUCGACCCCAGUCUAUAUUCCAAUGCUGACGCUUCUGUUUAUCUGCUCCUAGGCCCUUCUCCUAAUCCUUUGCUAAAUCUGUCUCCGAUGGCACCUAAUAAUCCUGGUGGUUCUGGUGGUGCUGUUGGUCCAGGUGGUGAUGCUGGUGCUGUCAAAGCUGUUCUUGAAGCCAUUGGGAUCAAUGAAAGUGAACCUCUUCCUGAUUCGCAGGAACAACAUUUGGGGAAGAUUUUGGACGAAGCAUUGAAUGCUGAGUUUGGCCUCUUGGAGGAGCAACUACAAAAUCCAGAGCAGCCAAAAGAGCCGGAACAGCCGGUCAAGAGAAAAAGAGGCAGACCUAGAAAGGGCCAGGAAGUGAAUAAAUCAAAACCGAUCAUUGAUCUGAUCGAGGAUCUUCGAAGAAGUUCUCGUGCCACAGUGACCGAAAGAAAGGAGCGCGAGGUCCAGAAACGUGUAGCACGCGCACUUCGUGUCCAACGGAAACAGGAGGUUAAGCUUCAGAAACAGCUCGGCAUCUAUGAGCGCAAAAAGCGGAAGAGCGACAUGAAGAGGGAGUCUGAGAAUGGAGUGGUUCUGUCGGACGCAGAAAGCACUGGCGCCAGUGACUCCGAUGAGGAGUCCUCAGCGGUAACGACCAAUUCCGACGAUAGCGAUGAUAGUGCAAUAAGCGAUGACGAUUCGGAAGAUGAGUAUCGUGCCCGCAAGAAGUACAACGUAUCGCCUAAGAAGAGCGAGGCUGCCAAACCCGCGCUGAAGGAUAAACCACCCCGGGUACCAAAACCGCCCGUGCAGAGGAGAUCAAAGAAGGGCCGGCCUAGUAAGCAAGAGAAUGUGACCAAAGAGGUCUUCAGUAUCUUCAAGAUUGAAGAAGGGGUGUCCGAUUCUGUUGGUCCUACCGACCCAGCCGAAACCCUUGGACAAUUGGAGGAGGAGAAGGAUAAGCUGAUUUCCAACAAUGGUAAUAAGAGCACUAUCAGCACAAAAACGGCCGCAAUCGCUCUCAAUUUUGACAACAAGGGAAGCAGCACUUUCUCAGAUAUCCCCAUUGUCAGUGGUAUUCGAGACUCAGUCGUGACUGAACAACCACAAGAGCUGGAGCGAAUCGCCAAAUUUACUCCCUUGCCUGUUCCAGAAAUUGACGAGGACGGAAAAAUCAUAGAUCCCACCUACGUCGAGAAACAUCUUCCUGGCGUUUUGAUCCGUGAAGACGAUAGUGCCACUGGUAGACUCAUCGAUGAGAGAGCCUUCUUCUUGGAGGGCAGCGAAGGAUACUUCGAACAGCACAACCUCCGGUUUAGGCCAUCCGAUAGCUCUUUGUCAUUAAACGCUCCUGACUUAGGGUUUGAGGAGUUUGCACCGUAUGUGGAAUUGAGUCUGUUAGUUCACCGGCCGGAGAGAAACAUGCUCAAAGAGCUCCACAAGGGCCUUUAUCACCAGUGGUGUUUCGAGCUCAGCCAAGGCUACAGUCUCAACUUUUUCGGUGUUGGGUCAAAGGCGCGUAUGAUCAUGGACUUCUUGGAAGAGUACUUCGUGAGCUGGUAUCACGAUGUAAUCUGCGAAAGCGAAGAUGAACAGAUGCCCCCCGUGAUGAUUGUCAAUGGAUACAACCCAGGAACGAAGUUGAAAGCAGUUCUCCACGAUAUGACAGCGGCCAUACUCAGUGCGACGGGCCAACCAUUGCGUCAGCCAAAGCAUGUCAGUGAAGCGUUCCCAUUUCUCAUGGGUCAUCUCAAGCAAUUGGCUAGUCGCAACUCGAAGAACAGAGUUGUCAAAGCUAGUCUAGUUUUGGUGAUCCACAACAUCGAUGGAGAGGCCUUCAGAGAUGAGCGGUCGCAGAACCUUUUGUCACAAUUGACGGCAUUACCCAACGUAUGGGUCAUUGUGUCCUCUGACAAUGUGAACCUGAGCUUGCUUUGGGAUCUUUACCGGUUCAAGAACUACAACUUCUUGUGGCAUGAUGUCACCACAUAUGAGCCAUACGCGGUCGAAAUGUCAUUCAAAGACGUCCUCAGCAUGGGACAGUCCAAGAAAUUUGUGGGCAGCCGUGGUGCCAAGUAUGUUUUGGCGUCGUUGACGGCCAAUGCGAAGAAAUUGUACGAGGUUCUCCUCCAGUUGCAAAUGGAAGCCAUCGAGGCCUCCGUUCUGAGCAAGACAAGCCGCACGGGACUCAAGGGCCUGGCAAAGACGUCCGUGGAGCUCCGAAAAGUCUACGACCGCUGUGUUGAGAAGUUCAUUGUUAGCAAUGAGGUCAACUUCAAGACGAUGUUGGGUGAGUAUGUGGAGCACAAGAUGUGUGUUUUGACGAAGAACACCGCAGGCCAUGAAGUGGUAUAUGUUCCGUUUACAUUGGACGAAAUGACAAAACUUCGCAAGGAAGAGUUCUAA